UAUAAAAAUAUAUGUAUUAGUUCAACAAUGAAUCACAAGGUAAGACCAACACGUAUCUGCAAGCUAUUGUUUGGUGGGUGGUCUACAGACUAUGAUGUUGUUUUGUCUUCAGAUCGCGAUAACUUUCGCAGAAGAGAGACCAAGAAACCACUUGUGCUUCCGUUUAAGAUUACCUCCCCUGCAAAUGAGAAGUAGUGAAUGAGUUAACGAUGGCGCUCGAGACCGUUUCCACAGACAUACAGUCACGGCUCAAAUGACUAACACCUUUGCCACAAACCGCCCUCCCCCGAGUGCCAGGCAAGGAUGGUCCCCAACCCUCCGACAGGUACCAGUGGUGGCUAGUCAGUAGGUCCACUGCGGGUGUGCCAGGAGUGGCGGCCAUUGGUCCACAGAAGACGACCGCCAGAGUUCUAUCCAACCUGCCAGCAGCCUGCACUUACAGUCUACCUUUCACAGCUUACACUGGCUGGAUGAUGACAGGGCUCUGAUGACUGUAGGAUCGACACCAGCAGACCAUCCGAUAUCUGCAGUCACACCAACGGCAAGAAGUCCUCUGUCAGUCGCUCCUAGCGAGACGGACGAACAGGACCUUGUGGUCAUCCCUGGCUGACGGUCUGCAAUCAACGCUGUCUGUGCGCAUGGCUGUGGGGGACCCUUACUUCCCAACCCUGGCUUCUCUCCUGACAAUGUUCCUCGUUGUUCAUGCGCUUCUUUCACCUUGGCCAGUGACAGGACACGAUCUUGAGCAGGACUGCGGUAAGACGACUCCUAUAAAGUGCAUGGUUCACAUCACCGCCUACAUGGAGUUGCCAGCAGACGACAAAUUCACGGAGUGUUUAAAUGCCUCCAGAGGCCUGGACUGUAUGGAGCACUUCCUGUCCACGUGUGACCAUCUGGCGGAGACGGAAAGCGACUAUUUCACCAGCUUAGAGCACUACGUCCACCAAGCUCGAGAGGAGCUUCAAGACAAAUGUGGAGGAGCAUCAUUACUGCGAGAUUCGUGUUGGAUGCGCGUGGUUCUGACAGUUUUGGCUGCUGCGGCGCUGGCCAGAGCGUGUCUACGAGUUUCAUAAAGUGUCUAAAAUGUCAGUGUAUGUGAUUUUAGCAGAGAUGCAAUAUUUGUCAAGUUUUCUUUCUAUAGUUUCAGUAAUUAGUAAUUGUAAAUGUCUUUCAAAAUAUCAGCUUUCUCGCCAAGUCAUCAGGCAUUCAAAAUGGCGGUGUCUUUGGUCGUUUGGACGUCUUACGCUCCUAGUCAACUACAUCACUAUGUCUCUCAUUCUUUCUGUCCAUCUCAGCUUGAGCAGUUUCUUAUUCUGUGAAAAUAGCCAUAAACAGCUUCUAAAUCUAAAGCUAUAUAGUUUGUUGAGCAGGCACAUUAAAUGUUCUUAAUAAAAUUGUUGACUGUUCUUUUUGUUUGUAAACUUUUGGAUUUGAGAGAAAUAAUGUGAAAAUGAGACAUUCGGAUCUCUAGCAGUGUGCACAUCUGCCUGC